AUGACUAGCAGCAUGCAGCACGACAUACAAAACGCCAACAAGAACAAGAACAGCAACGAUGCAACCUCAGCAGAUGCCAUCCGUAUCCGCGACAAUCAGCGCCGAUCUCGUGCCCGCCGCAAAGAGUACCAGCAAGAACUAGAGCGACGCGUGCAAAAGUUUGAGCAACAAGGGGUACAUGCUACAAUAGAGGUACAGACUGCGGCUAGAAAGGUCGCGAGGGAGAAUACUCUGCUGAGGUCGCUGCUGCGGCUGAAGGGGAUCACUGCGGGGGAAAUCGAUGAGUAUCUCUCGAAUGCAAACGGGAAUGAAAAUUGCGGAAAUGUGGCUGUGAAUGGGAAUAGAAAUGGAAAUGCAGAUGUGAACGGGAGCUUGGAUCGGAAUAACGAUAGAUAUGGAACCGGAAUAGCGUUUACACAAUUGCAACCUGCUCCUUCUCCUUUGUCUACAUCCGCAUCUACAUCCGACCCUACGUCAAUUCCCACGGCACCUGCGUUUCCAAACACCAUCAACCAGAACCAGAACGAAUGUCAAAAUGAAAAUCAAUCUCCAAUCCAACUAGACAACUACCCUUCCUACUACCCAGCGGAGCAAACCACCAUCCAACCUACUCCCCAAUACGUCGAAACCCCUAACGCCCAAAACAUACCAGUUUCUGUCUCUGCACCUGCAUCUAUCACCACCUCUGCCUCCUCUUUAUACUCUCCCAGCGCCAGCUUCACAAGCUCAAGUCUCACCCCAUCCGCGAACAACGACCAGCAAUACCAGCCCCAAAAUUCAUACACAUCAUUCCAAUCCACAAUACCCUAUGCAGCGCCCAGAUUCCCCCAAGGCCCUCCACAGCAAGACCACCAGCAACAGCAGCAGCAGCCAUCCCUCCAACUUCCCCUCCAACUCCGCCCGCCCAUCCCCUCCACCCAACCACAUCCCUACCGCCCAUCCCCAUCCCACUCCAACUCCAACUGCACUCACCCCAUCCAACCCCAGCCCCAACUCCAAGACCCCCAAACUCUCCUCCACACCACCCCGACGCCCCAGGCCAGCUGUUCCAGCCCGACGGACACCACCCUCGACUCUACGUCUUGCGAGAUUGCCGCGAGCAUCAUCGCCAGCAUGCGUGGACAUGGUGACGCAGCCUCCGUGCGUGCAGAGCUUGGUUGUGGGCCCGGUGGCGCGAAUUGCCAGGUCGGCAAUAUGGAGAUUUUUAGGGUGCUCGAUCGGUCGAUUGGGAGUUGCCGGUAA